AUGUUGCGGACUAGGGCUUGGAGACCAGCGAACAAUCUACGCACUUUCUCUCAUUCAUGUCUGCGCCAUAAUGCGCAAUCAACGAGUUCUCUGUCUCCGGGGCCAUCAAAUGUUGACUCACAUGCCCAACCACAACGGGAAACUCAUGCUAACGCGCCUGAGGGCGUCGGAUAUCCACCCGGAGCUGCGUCUACUGGUCCAAGAGUUCAGCCUGCCGACUCUCCUCGCCGAUUCAACUGCAAAAUAUCCGCAUACGAUCUAGACACCAUCAAACAGCGCAUCGAAGAUUGGAUGGUACUUGCAACUGCUGGAUUCAAGCAGCAAACAGACGAACUCCGUCAACGCACAGACAAGUUCACGCAGAAGACGUCCACAACAUUUUUUCAAUUGGGCUCUCAACUCAACCGCGUAACGGGCUACGAGCAGAUCGAUGCGCUUAAACAACGGGUAGUCGAACAAGAGGCUAGAAUCAAGGCUACUCGUCAAGCAGCUCGAGAAGCUAAGACAGCGUAUGAUGAUGCUGUCUUACAGCGUUCUCUUUCCCAGCGCCAAGUGAAUGAGCUCUUGCAGCGUAAAUCUUCGUGGACAGACAGCGACGUCAGCGCCUUCACUUCUCUCGUGCGUUCAGAUCACCACCUGGAACAGCACGAGGUCGCGACGAAGGCCAAGGUCUCCGAGAAUGAGGAUGCGUUGGAUAGAGAGUUUGGAGAGCUCAUGCGUGCCAUUCUGGCUAGGUACCACGAGGAGCAAGUGUGGAGUGACAAGAUCCGAAGUGCGAGUACCUAUGGGAGUAUGAUGGUGCUUGGGGUCAAUGUGAUGGUGUUCAUACUGGCGAUCGUGGUGGUUGAGCCAUGGAAGAGGCGGAGACUAGCGCAAACGUUCGAAAAGAAGGUGGAAGAAAUGGCUGCGGAGACCCAGGCUUUGAUAGAGUCUGGGAGCGCGAAAUUGGACGAGCAGUUGAUGAAGCAGGAGCGAUUAAUCUCAGAGAUUGUGGAAAGGGCGGCAUACGAUGCUCGAGAUCUGCCUAGCUCGUUGCCAGUGCCAACCGUGACGGUAUCUGUUGCUGGGAAACAAGUGGGCACUGGGCCGGAGCACUCGUCAAUAUGGUCGCAUCCGGUAUCACGAAUGGUCCAAGAACGGGAGGUACUGCUUGUUGUGGGUAGCGCUAUUGCAGGUGGUGCAGUCACUCUUGUGGCCCGAAGUCUUUUCGGAAGUUAG